UCAGACAUCAUGUCUCUCUACACACUGGUACUGCCACUGCUGCUCUUGGUCUCCAUCACCUCAGCAAGCCACUUCUGGGGAGGCACGAUCUCCUUCACCCCUAAAGGAAGGAACCCAGAUGGAUCAUACAGGGUGGAUUUCCGCUACAAGCACACUUUUGAUAGUUGCUCUCAAUCUUUGUACUGGGGAACUUGUAGAAGUGGACAGUGUGGAAGUCAGACAAAUCUGGAACUAGGAAUAAUAGAUGACAGUAAUGGAAGGUAUUCAUACCAAGACAAUUGGUGUCAAAAGGAAGGAGUUAUGACAAGAAGCCUUAGGAGUGAUACGCCUUUUCAGCUGACUGCAAAUAGUUGCUGUUGGGUGUCCCUGAGAAACUCUAUUGUGUAUUGGGACCUUCCAAUCUUGGUAGAUCUUGGAGUUAGAUCCGACACGAAUGAACCGAACAGUUCUCCACAUGCAACCAUGAUAUCAUUUGUCCGUGUGCCCCAGAACUGUCCACUGGCAUAUAACUUCAUAGGUUGUGAUCCAGAUGGUGAUAAGUUUAGAUGUGGAACCAGCAGGAGUCUACCCUCAGGCUUUCACCUUGAUCAGAAUACUUGCAAUCUACAAUACACUGGCUGGGGCAGCACUGGCUACUAUGGGUUUGAGCUUUAUGUUGAGGACUUCCCAAAUCAGCACAUCAGUCUCACCUACAGUGACGGGACACAAUCCAUUAGGGCUCCACUGCAUGCAGGACGCAGACGGCGGGCCCCGUGGUGGGGUUGGUAUAACCAAACAUCAACUCCACCCAUUAGCACACCCCUCACAACCAACCACUACACUCCCAUUAGCACACCCCUCACAACCAACCACUACACUCCUUGGCUGAGUUCAACCACCAGUACACCCUCUACUACUACAACUAUGACUAACCCCACAACUCCAUGGUUGGGGGUAUGGUUCCAAACCACAAUUGCUCCAACUACUACAGCCAGCCCAACAACUCCAUGGGGGGGAUGGUACCAAACUCAAAGAAUCACAAGUGCUCCAACUCCAAGAACUACGACUACGACUACGACAACAACUAGCACCCCAGCGACCUCUAACCCUUGGUCACAUUACGGCACUCCAUUGAGUCGACUUCCACUGCAAUUUGUUGUUUUGGUUGAUGUUCCAGCUCCAUCCUGCAGUGAGGGAGUAUACUUGCCCAAGUUCCUGCAUCCCACUCCAAACAACAGAGAGCGACUUCAUGCAGCCAUCAACCAGGAGCUAGAAAUCAGAAUAAAUGCGACAGCUUCUGUCUCAGUGGUUCGUGAUCUCAUUAUAAGUGGGCCUCUAAACAUCACAAAGGAUAGAACCACCUCUGGGGAAUUUGUCCUGAGAUGGACACCCAGGACUGAUGACCUUGGCCAGCAUUUCCCCAUCUGUUUUAUUGCUGAGAGCAAACUGGGUGCCAACUUCUACCAGUCUGAGAUGAGAUGUGUCGUUGUUGAGGUUGAACUUCAUCAAAUUGCUCCUGAAGCCAAUGUGAUUUGUUCUGAGAAUUUCAUGGCCAUUGAGCUGGAAACAUCAAUAUCAGAGAGUAUCAAGCUACAUGUGGAUCACCUGCGCCUCAAUGACCCAUCUUGCACACUCUACUCCAAUGGCACCCAUGUCUUUGCUAACAUGUCCCUUAACACGUGUGGUACUACGAUAGAGGAAGAUGACAACAGUCUCUUUUUCAAGAAUGAAAUUGUGUCAUUUGAUAACCAAAACGACGUCAUAACCAGAAUCAACCAGGUGGAGUUUCAGUUCUUCUGCAAGUACCCUAAGAAAAGCAGUGUGACCCUAGAGUUUGACACUCACAGAGGCCCUUACGUAUUCAUACAAAAAGGAUUUGGAACUUUCAGUUAUCAAUUUGAGUUCUUCCGGUCAAGUCAAUUCCAAUAUCGGAGGGACCCCAAGUCUUAUCCCCUGGAAUACGGCCUUGGUGAGAGGAUGUACAUGCAGAUUGAAGGCAUAUCUUCAGUCAACAACACUGAGCUCUUUGUGGAGUCUUGCAAGGCCAGUCCCAGCGAUGACCCUCAAGCCCAAACAUCCUAUUCCAUCAUUGAAAAUGGAUGCAAGAAAGACGAAACUGUGCAGUUCUACUCAAACCAUGACAAUAAAGUCCAGUUUGGAAUGAAGGCAUUUAAAUUCAUCGGAUGGCAUGACCAGGUUUUCAUCACCUGUUCAGUGAUACUGUGUGAGGCUGGAAACCCCAACACUAGGUGUUCUCAGGGCUGCACCAAUGCCACUGCCUCACCUGCAGUGCAUCACCAUCACAGGAGAGAGGCUCCCAUUCAGACCACCAGUCACUACGUUUCCCAGGGUCCUGUGCGGCUCAGCAGGAGCGCAGACAUCAGGGAUGCUCCAAGCACAGUGAUAAAUAAUGGUUUGAACAUGAAUCUUGUUGUCAUCGCUGGAUGCCUGCUGAUAGUUUCUGCCAUGGUGUGUGGUGCAGUGAUCUACACAAAGCGACCUAAGAUUGCGUAUCAGCCACUGCCAACUUCUGACUCUUAAGGCAUAUGUCCUACAUGCUGUACACAGGAUGUUGCUAUAGAAUAGAGUUGUGUUCAAGCUAAAUACUUUGUUUCUAGCCAAGGUUGGGUUUACAACAUACCCGUCAACACUCCCGUUUUUCCCGGGUUUCUCCCGUAUUUCAAGGUCAUCUCCCAGCACCCUCCCAUUUUGUUAUUUCUCCCGGAAAA